AUGAAAGGCUUAAUCACAUUCGCUGCUCUCGCCGGCGUCAUCACCGCAGCCCCAUGGCAACUAGUCAACAAAAGGGAAUUAGGCGACCAUGAAUGGACGAGGAGCAAACGUGACGGAUGUCCAGGAUACCUGACCCCAGGCCAAUUCGAGUUCCCUCACUACAUCACUCAGGUCUCAAAAGCCAACCCAGACAAGGCAUACGGCCCUCAAUACAACGGCGUAUUCACUCCCAACGACGUCGCUUCCAUCUUCAGCUUCGACGUCCCAGCAUCCCGAGCAGACGCAAACUGCACACUCGAAUUCCUCUUCCCUAAACAGUCGCAGCUCAAAACCUCGUCGUACACAUACUCUGGUCCUGGCUCUUUCUUUUUCAAGGGCUAUAAUCCUGGAAGCUGUCCAGGCCCACAAACGACAUGGAACAACCAGCCGCAGCCUGGUCCAUUCCCAGAUUUCCCUCCCAUUCAUAUGGAGCCUGGGUUUGCUUACACCAUUGACGUUGGUCCUUGCUUUGUUGGUGCCGGUACUUGCGUCGCAGGCAUGACUUACACCAGCGACACACAUUUCGAGUUCUUCCAAGACUACGACGAGUGCCCGAUCGGAAUUUAUACCUCAUACUCUUAUGGGCUGCCGUGCCCACCACCUUACUGUCCAGCAUAG